AUGCAGAGAAUCGCCAUAGCAAGUCUUCUUCUAGCAGCACACUGGCAAUACGCCUCAGCUGGUGGAGGCGGUGGUGGCGGCAGUUAUGGUGGCGGAACUGGUGGCUCGGGAGGUAUGGGAGGAGGAUACGGCGGUGGUGGCAGUGGAGGUUAGUA